AUGGCGCUCCCCGUAAAAGAACUUGCUUCUCUGCUGAGUGUACUAUCAGAAGAUGCCACUCAAACUCAAACAUUCGAAGCUCUAUCCACCAGUUUUCAUCAUUAUUUUAGCAAACAAGAUCAUUUUAAAGUUGGUUCAGCCAUAGUGCUACUCCUCCAGAAUCGAGAUUUACUGCCCCACCCCACCCAGAAAUUAGCAGCUAUCUAUCUACUGUAUGAUAUGUAUAAAACAGAUAAUGUUUCUGUCAAUCCAUUUGCUCCUGUUUUUAUACAUUUAUUGAAUCCACCAACUGAAAAGAGUGAAUCAGGACAAUAUGAUCUCCACUGGGCUAUCAGUCCUAUUUCUCAAUCAGAACGUGUAUUUCUAUCACAACUUAUUACCAGUCCUACUAAAGAUAUGCAUAAGAAAAAUCCAACCCAAGUUUUACAAAUGGAGGUGACAUCACAACCGUGUGAUAUUUCUGGUCUACAAGUUAACCUGGUAGAGAAACAGUCUGAGUUACCUCAUCUUUCUAAAUCUGCUAUACCUUGUGUAGUACCUGAUCCUGAUAAUAAACCUACUAGCUUUGAACAGUUCAACAAACCUGGUAUGAUCAACCCUGAUGUACAGAGACAAACUCUGGAGAAAUUAUUAACUGGAACCAAACCUCCAGUAGAGAACGCUAUGAAACCAGAGUUUAUACGAUUGGCUCCACCUUUACAUUAUGCUGAAGAUGAGUUAGUAUGGAUGAAUCCAUGUAUGGGCGAAGUAGAUGUAAUAUGGGAUGCCACGAUGGGAUUAUCCAGUUCUACAGGAUCAAAAGUUCGGAGAUUAAUGGUAGAAGCAUUCCGAACCCAACUCCAGCCAUCACAACAACAAUUUAUACUAGAUGAACUGGAGAAAGAUCCCAAACUUGUUUAUCAAAUAGGUCUCACUCCUGCUAAGCUACCAGAUCUGGUGGAAAGACAUCCACUGAUUGCAAUAGAAGCUUUAUUAAAACUGAUGGUUUCCUCUCAAAUCACAGAUUACUUUUCUGUGCUAGUGAAUAUGGAGAUGUCACUACAUUCUAUGGAGGUCGUCAACAGAUUGACAACUCAAGUGGAGCUACCCCCUGAGUUUAUACACCUGUAUAUUUCUAACUGUAUAUCAACGUGUGAAACUAUACAAGAUAAAUAUAUGCAGAACAGAUUAGUGCGAUUAGUCUGUGUUUUUCUACAAUCUUUAAUAAGAAACAGAACAAUAGAUGUCAGGGAUAUAUUUAUAGAAGUUCAAGCGUUCUGUAUUGAGUUCAGUCGAAUACGAGAAGCUGCUGCUUUAUUUCGUCUGUUAAAAUCUCUAGAUAGUAACGACCCUCCACAACCCAACUCUAAUUCACGAUAGAAUUAUUUUACUAGAGCCAAUUAGUGUUAAGGACUCAUCAAAAAGUUUGUUUUGAGAUUGGAAGAUUUUUAAGUGUAUUGGACCCAAAAACUGGUCCCUAAAUAAAAACAAGAAUAUUUAGUUAUUCACAUGGACUAAUGCUGGCUAUGAAAAGCAAUGCUACAGUCAUGCUUGACUAUCAUAUAUCAAUCAAACGAUGACCAAUCAUAUACAUAGUUCAUUAUACCUUGACAUUGUGAAGAUAAUGAAAAUCAAUCAGGUGGGAUGAUCUAUGGAUCUAUAGUGACAUGUAAAUACGGAACCAAUGAUGUAUGUGCUUGAAUAUAAUAAUAAUGGAACAAAUUUUCAAUGUGAAUUGUCCAGUAAAUAACUCGUAAAUUCAUAAACUUUGUCUGUUUUCAUCAACGAGUCAUAUUCAUAUUCAGUUCCAUUUAGAUGAUAUACAAGAAAAUGUCAAAUUUGUCUGACUAUAAGAGAAUUUUCUGUGUUUGUCAGAAGUAUGUAAAAUAAAUCAAUGUAACUACC